AUAUUGAGAUUCUUCAUCCACUAAGUCAUCAGUCACACUUUCCUUUAUGUCUUUAAAAAUGACUUUCUUUAGUUCUUUGAAUAUAUUCAUAAUAGCUGCUUUGAAGUCUUUAUCUGCUAAAUUCAACAUCUAGCAAUGCUCAAAGAUAGCUUCUAUUGGCUAUUUUUUUUCCCUUAAGCAUGAGUCACAUUUUCUUCUUUCGUGGCAUGCCUUGAAAUUUUUUAUUGAACGCUUUCACGAAGAUGGCGCCGAAGGUGAAGAAGGAAGCCCCUGCCCCUCCCAAAGCCAAAGCCAAAGCCAAAGCAAAGGCUUUGAAGUCCAAGAAAGCAGUGCUGAAAGGCAUCCACAGUCAUAAAAAAAAGAUCCGCACGUCACCUACAUUCCGAUGGCCCAAGAUACUGUGUCUCUGAAGGCAGCCCAAAUAUCCUUGAAAGAACCCCAGGAGAAACAAGCUUGACCACUGUGCCAUCAUCAAGUUCCCCCUGACUACCAAGUCAGCCAUGAAGAAAAUAGAAGACAACAACACUCUUGUGUUCAUUGUGGAUGUCAAGGCCAACAUGCACCAGAUCAAACAGGCUGUGAAAAAGCUCUAUGACAUUGACGUGGCCAAGGUCAACACUCUGAUCAGGCCCGGUGGAGAAAAGAAAGCAUAUGUUCGACUGGCUCCUGACUAUGAUGCUUUGGAUGUUGCCCACAAAAUUGGGAUCAUCUAAACUGAGUCCAGCUGGCUAACUCUAAAUAUAAAUUUUUUCAACA